AUGAAGAAUUCAAUGCACAACCCAUUGCCAGCCUCACUCUCUAGCGAGUGCAAAAAGGCCGCGGCAAUCCUUGAAUCAUUUACCAACCCAAAGCUGAAAAUCGAUGGGAAAAUUCCUCGGAAGAUAUUCGAGAGUGCAAAGGGAAUUGCAAUCUACACAGCCUUUAGAGUGGGCUUUCUGGGCUCUAUCCGUUUUGGCUCAGGAUUAAUAGUUGCCCGGCGGCCUGAUGGCAGCUGGACCGCGCCAUCAGCAAUAGCAAUGGGCGGCGUCGGCGCAGGGGGUCAAUUUGGUGCAGAGUUGACUGACUUCGUGUUUGUGCUUAACACAGAUGCAGCGGUGAAGACAUUCAUGCAGUCUGGGUCUCUGACUCUAGGAGGAAAUAUCUCGAUGGCUGUUGGUCCUGUUGGUCGAAGUGCCGAAGCCAGUGGUAUUGUCGGGACUAAGAGUGCCGCUGGGGUCUUUGCGUAUUCAAAGACCCGUGGCCUAUAUGGUGGUCUCACGGUCGAAGGUGGUGUUAUCGUCGAACGUGCAGAUGCGAAUAAGAAGAUUUACGGACGCAAAGUUCGUGCUAGAGAGCUGCUGGAUGGAUUGACUCCAUCGCCCCCGGAAGCAGAGGUUCUCAUGAAGGUCUUGAAUGGGACUUUCUUCCCAUUUGAGUCUGCCCAGACAAGAGAUCAAGAGCAAUCCCUUGAUGGAGCUGAAGCUUCUGCGCAACCAUCCGAGGCACAGCAGACCGAAGAAGCACAGCAGCCAUCUGAGGCACAGCAGCCAUCUGAGGCACAGCAGCCAUCUGAGGCACAGCAGACCGAUGAGGCACAGCAGCUGUCUGAGGCACAGCAGCCAUCUGAGGCACAGCAGACCGAUGAGGCACAAAGCAUUGUCGAGGCGGAACGAGCCGUCGAAUCGCAACAGAAUAAAGACCCUUCUUUUGAAGAAUUGAACCACAUUACGACCAAACAAGGAGAGAAAGUAAACCAUGACACCAAAUCAACCAACAACAUUUUACCCGCCUCUAAGCCAAACCAGCAGCAACCAAUAUCUACCGAGGAACAUGUGACUGGUGACGCGAACACUGAUUCCGAAAGGAUUCAUGAGAAUCAAAAAGACACAGAGAAAAAAUAA